AUGGCUGCUAACCAAAAUAUUACGAAAAAGAAGAAGGCCGUCCAAAAUGGAAUCUUCAAGGCCGAGCUCAACAAUUUCCUCAUGAAAGAGCUUGCUGAAGACGGUUACUCCGGAGUCGAGGUUUGUUUUUAUUCAAUUUGCUACGUUCUUUGUUACUAUAGUCUAUAGUAAAGGUGUAAAAGGUCUCCGCAGCUAAAAAUCAGAUUUAGCGACUUUGGCACAUUUUUAAUAAGAAACGGAAUGAAUGUCGAAACUAGACAGGGGGCUCAAACUUUAAAAAAAUGCUAACGAAAAAUUUUGCUUUUUUAAACAUCAGUUUUUUUCAGUCCAAUAUGUUUUUUGUUUUAAUAUAGUGACCUAACUUUUUUUAUUUAGGUACGAAGCACGCCAGCUAGAGCCGAAGUUAUCAUCAUGGCCACUCGUACGCAGAACGUUCUUGGUGAGCGUGGACGUCGUAUUAAGGAGCUGACUUCUGUUGUCCAGAAGCGUUUCGGUUUCGAUGAGGGAUCUGUUGAGGUUUCUUCAUAUUUUAAUUUUUUUGUUAUUUUAUGAAAAAAAUGGCGUUGCUUUUUAAAUAAUUAAUCCAUAAGUCGGUGGGUUAUUCAGAUGCGCAAAAACUAAGUUUGUUCCAAUAAACGAAUUAAAAUCUUUUUACCGAAAUCUCGAAAAAGAAGGCUUUGAAUUUUCUUCAAUUUUUUUUUUAUCAUUACGGGGUAGAUAGUUUCAGUUUUAUGCGAGAAAAGUUUUUGAUAGCUUUCUUCGCUUGCUUAUUAUACUGAACUUUUUUUUGACGGUGGUCCUUCAUGCAAAUUUGAUUUUUUUCAAAUUCAAAUCAUUGAGUUUGUUGUUUUAGUUGUUUUCGUUUACCUCUAAAAAGAAAUGUAUUUCAGCUUACUCUUUUUCUUAUGACAAUUAGUUCUCUUGACCUCUUAAGCCAGAGCUGCUGAUCAGACCGGGUCGAGGCGCCCCGCGAAGCGGUCAUAUUGUGAGAAGAUUUCUCCACAGUUACUCAAUGAUAUGAAUGAAUUUUCAUUUUCUUCGACUAUUAGAUUUAUUUAUUAGUGGUUACUUUGCAGAUUUUCUCACUUAAACUUCAUUUUUACUCAUCUACUAAACGGGGCGGGGCGCCCCGUCAGCAGCACUGUUUUAAGCUAUUAGAAUCAUUUGCCAACCUCAAUAUUUCGUCACGUAAAGUUCACGCAUGUUUGAGAACGAGCUCAGUGAAACGGUCAGUCUUGCGCUGUUUGUCGAUGUAACAAGAUAAGUCAAAUCUCAAAAAAAUUUUUUUGUAAACUAUCGUAAUCCAGCCGAUCGCCUUAAACAACAGCCAAAAAAAAAAUAAUUGGUUUUUGCGCACUUUUUAUUCACUGGUUCAUGAAAAGUGCAUAAUUUUAAAUAUUUUUUGUUGUGUGUAAUUUUCAAAUAUUUGUCACACAUGAAAAAGAAAAAAGUUAUUUGGCUCGAAUACAGUGGUCGAAACGAGGCAGAUUUCCACUGCGUCUCUUUGGAAGGAUUUUUUCAAAGUUAGUUUGAAAAAAAAUGUAGCUGUUCUCUCGAAAAAUCAGGUCUGAAUUUCAUAUGGUUCGACCCUUAUUCCGCGACUAUUUCUUAUGUUCUUAAAGCAAGUCUUCUAUUGCUGUUCGAAAUAAAAUCUAUUAUUCGUUCAAAAUCACGAAAAGAAUCGCAGAGGAGCGCGGCAGAACCCCACAUCGUAAUUUUCGCGACUUAUGCCAAUUUUAAAGCUAAUUACGCGCAGAAAAAAGUUUUUGGCUAAAACGAAACGCAUCCGAUUCUCACAGCGUGAUUAGACGGCUCUGCCUACUUGGCAAAUUUCGAAUAUGUAUUUACUGUUAAAAUAUUUUUCUUGUGGGUUACACUAAGAAUAACUGACGAGAUAAACGCGAGGUCGGUGGCGGUACAUUGACGAGCUCGCAAACAUCUCGCUUUUUUCUAGGCGCGAUCUCGCAUUUAUCUCGGCGCGACAUCGCGUUUUUCUUGGCGCCAUCUCGCAUUUCGGAAAUUUCAAAUUGCGAGAGAAAUGCGAGCUCGCGCCCAGACAAAUGCGAAACCGGCGCGAGAAAAAAAGCGAGAUGUUUGCGAGCUCGUCAAUGUACCGCCAGUGUCUCGCGUUUAUCUCGGCAGUUAUUCUUAGUGUUAGGCUGCACAUCUGUUCAGCCCGUCCGGUUUGGCACUCUGUAGGUUGAAUUUGUGCAUACACCCAUGGCGGUUUUUGGGCGAUAUCUUCGUUAUCAACGCGCUUUUUGUACGAAAAAAAUGAACAAAUUUAAAGAAAAACACGUAUAAAACAUUUAAAGAUACAAAUUUAGUUUUUUUAAUAAUCAAGUUUUUUUGCGAACGCUGGCAAGCCUUGAAAAAAAUGGCCUAAUUUGGGAAAUGCGUCUUUAGUAAGUGAAAAGUCUUUUUUUUUCUGUAAUUUUUUAUCUAUUAAAGUCGGAAAUUGCCUUCUUAAUUGUAUUCAAUACCAAAAAUGAUCAAAAAUGGUCUAGUAUGGACAGCGGAGACGGCGCAGUGCAAACCGGACGGGUCCCUGUAGGUCUGAACUGGUGUGGCUGGGCCAAAAAAUUACGCUGUGGGGAUCUGCCGUGUUUCCCUCGGAUUUUUGAACGAGUAAAUAUUGUUUUGCUACGCUCGUCUGAACGCGGACUCAGCAUGAGCAUUAAAUAGCUGGUAAUUCCAAUAUAUUAAUUGCUCUAAAAAGCCAUCACCUGGAUAUGUGAAUUCAAAAAGCAGAGCUGGACAAUGAGAGAAUAGCCCUGCGAAGAGGUCACUUCAAAAUCGGCGUUGGUUUUCUUGACUUUUUUUCCUUGUUUUUUUCACAUAAUAGUUGAUGUCUGUUCUGAGUCAUUAUGUUUCGAUGGAUUUCUUUUAUUUCUUAGAGGAUUUCGUGAACAGUUUUAUCUGGGUUCGCUAUUUUACGAAAUAAUGAUGACCUAUCCGAAAAUUGAUGGAAUUGAAUUGCGAGGUUUCUUUUCGGAAAAUGCAAACAUAUUUGCAGAGUAAAGCAAGAAAAACUAGUCAAAUAUAAAUAAUAAGAAUCUUCUUUUUUUUUUUACUUCGCGUCUAAUUUUGAUGAUGUCGUGUUUCGACCGCUGAUGAACACAAAAAUUUUCCACUCACUUUCUAUCAAAUAAUGCGUCUUUCUCGCAUACACGUAGUCAAAGAUUUGCUGCUGAAAAUAUAUUUUAUUUUUAUUCCUUCUUUGCGCAUUCUCCAUCAACUUCUUUUUAGAAGAAAAUUAAUAUAGGUGAAUAUUUCCAACAAUCGUUUUCUAAGAUUCAAACUUUCAAAGAUUCGGGCCCCCCAAGAUAGUUUUUUGCACAAUUCACGAAUAUUCGUGAACCCAAAACUCUUUCUUACCAUGGUACUAUCAAUAAGACAAUAAAAAGUAGUCUUUGAAUUUAGAACUUUGUGACUCGAGAAUUCGAAUAUUCAUUGAAAAAACCACAAGACUUUGAGAAUUUGAAGUUUGCGCGUUGAAAUCAUCGUCCAAAGUGGCAUAUCGCGAUAUAUUCUUGUCGGAAUCAUUAUUUUUAAUAGUUUGCGGAACACUAUGCCGUGUUCAAAUAACUUUCUGAGAAAUUCAAAAACAUCUCUGACUUACCGAAAAAUUAGCUAUCUCUUUCACUCCGACGGCUAUUUUGAAUUUCGCGGGAAUUACUUUAAGAAUUACUUGUGCUCGCAUGCUGAGCAGGGUAACCCAGAGGUGCUAAUACGGGGUCUCAGCGGGUGCCCCCGUAUUGAACCCGUAUAAGCCCAGCUGGUAGAACUUUUGGCAGUUUUUUUUUUCUCUACUGAGACCCCGCUUUAGCCCAAUUGGGUUACACAUUCUUCUUACACCCAAUGUUCCCCCGUUUUAGCCCAACUGAGACUAAAAUAACCUCAGAAACACGGGUUUAAUACGGGUACACCCGUUGAGACACCUGCUCAGCAUGCGAGUGCGUCAGGCCGGCCGGACCUGCCUGGGUAAUUUCAAGCUUAAAAAAAGAUUCUAAAUCAAAAGUCAUUUUAUCUUGUAAAAUCAUAGUUCUUGUUGAACUGCAAAUGAAAAAAAUAUUCAAAAAAACAUGUUUUUUUGUUGUUAAAAAGUUUGAUAUUCUUGAACGACUUGAACAAAAUUUGAGCGUUGUGUGUGUUUUUGCUUGAGGCCUCGCCGGGCUUAGGAAAUGGUCGAGGCGCUGAUAGACUGACGGGCCGGCCCUCGCACAAGCCAGAAAUUACCAAAAUGACGUUAAAUACAGCAUGAGAAAUAAAAGUUUGAAAAUAGAAAGAAUGUUUCAAACAAAAAUGUAUGGGGCGAAAGGAACAACCUGAAGUUAUCCGCUUCAAAACAAUGUUCAUGUGGUAUUUAGCUCUACGCCGAGAAGGUGUCAAACCGAGGACUUUGCGCGGUCGCGCAGUGCGAAUCUCUUCGUUACAAGCUGGUUGGAGGACUUGCCGUCCGUCGCGCUUGCUAUGGUGUUCUCCGUUUCAUCAUGGAGUCUGGAGCCCAGGGUUGCGAAGUAAGCUUUUUUUUUUUCUCCAUUUAACUUCAUUUUCAUGGUGUGUUCAAAGCAAUUUCGGGAGAUCCAAAAUAAAUAAAGAAGAAAUAAAAGAUUUUCUCGCUCAAUCAAUUUUUUGAACUACGGUAAAAACGAAUUUGGUUUCAUUCAAUUUUUUAAACUUUUUUCUUCUAAUACUUUCAGUUUUUCGUCUUUUCAAUUUUUUUUUUUGAUAUUUUUCCGGUUAUGCACUGAUUAUGAAAAAAAUUAAACAUCGUUACCUGACGGAUAAAAAAAUGUUGACUAGCCUCUUUGAACGAUUUUAACAAUCGCGUUUAGGUUGUUUUUUGUCAAAUUAGAUGAUGAGGUUUAAAUUCUUUUUUUUUUCAAUAAGUCUUCUAGCAUGUUACCGACAAAAGGACUUUAAAGAUCAAAUAUGAAUCGAAAACUUGAAACUUCAAAGCAACAGAAUUGGUAAAAUGGUGGAAUGAAUCAAAGUUUUGAUAAGAGCUUUUUUUUUUUUGAAUUUACGCAUUCACUCAGAAAAAAUUAUUCAACGCAAUUGUAGGUCAUCGUCUCCGGAAAAUUGCGUGGACAACGUGCGAAGGCAAUGAAAUUUGUCGAUGGACUUAUGAUUCACUCCGGACACCCAGUCAACGACUAUAUCCAGCAAGCUGUCCGACACGUUCAACUGCGACAAGGUUUGUAGGUUUUUUUUUUCUAUUUUAAGGUAAUUUUUCGGUAAAAAUAAAGAAAAGUUCAGGUGUUAUCGGUAUCAAGGUCAAGAUCAUGCUUCCUCACGAUCCUCGUGGACAGAACGGCCCUAAAAACGCUCUUCCUGAUCACGUACACAUUGAAGAGCCUGCUGAAGAGAUUCUCCCCAAAGAGCCUCACUCCCAGCAUAAAGAAGAAAAGAAAGAAGCUCCCCUGGCCACUGCUGUUCAGCAACCUGUUGCUCCUGUCAGCUAA